AUGGUGACUGCUUCGCAGCUUCAGUUGCUUCAAUCUCCAAUUACGGCCCUUAUUUCCUCCAUUUCUACAUCUGUUAAUGUCAAGCUGGAUGAUUCGAACUACCUCAAUUGGAACUUUCAGAUGCAACUUUUGCUUGAAAGCAAUGGAAUCAUGGGGUAUGUUGAUGGUUCGAUUCCUUGUCCAUCUCAACACGGUUCGACCUCUGAUGAAUCUGGUAUCAUUUCUUCUUCUCCAACUGAUGAAUAUAUGGUAUGGAAAAUGCAUGACAGAGCUAUUAUGCAAUUGAUCACUACAACAUUAUCACCUAUUGCUAUGUCUUGUGCGAUUGGUAGCACUAGCUCCAAGGAUCUGUGGAUUAGGCUAAAGGAACAAUUUUCCACUGUAUCUCGGACUAGCAUUUUUCAGAUGAAAUCUAAUUUGCAAACAAUUAAGAAGGGUUCUGAUUCGAUAUCUCAGUAUCUUCAUCGCAUUAAAGAAGCUAGGGACUAUCUUUCUGCUGCUGGGGUGUACUUUGCGGAUGAAGACAUUGUCAUUCUUGCCUUGAAUGGACUACCUGCUGAGUAUAACACCUUCAGAUGUGUUAUACGGGGGCGUGAAAGUGUGAUUUCUCUAAAAGAUUUUCGCUCACAGUUACUUGCAGAGGAAACCAUUGUUGAACAUUCGGUUAAUACUCCUCUUAUGACAGCUAUGGUUGCUAAUACAGGUUCCACUUACACAAAAGGGCCUCCUUUUCAGCCUCAGAGUUUCUCCCCGACUCAUGGUCCAUCUCAGGUGGCCACUAGAGGUUUUACACCUUAUAAUGGGAACAAGAACAAGGGUAAAGGCAGAUUCACUCAGGGAUCUAGAUUUUAUCAUUCUAGACCAGUGUUUUCCCCUAUGGCACAUAUGCUUCCCAACUCUACUCUUGGAGUUCUUGGUCAAUCACCUGGUCAACAGUUUGGCAUUCCUUCUGCACCCAUGAUUCAAAUCUGUCAAUUAUGCAACUCUGAGGGACACACUGCUCCAUUCUGUGGGGCUUCUCAUGAGAAAACCAAAUGUCACAUCUGUGGUAGAAGUAAUCAUACCACCUGGUAUUGCUUCUAUAAUGAUAAGGGUCCAAACUAUAUUGGGAUACAUACCACUGCUUCAUAUUCUUCACGAUCAUCCUAUCCUGUGCAACCACAGAAUUUGCAGUACACUUCAUAUCAAGCUCCUCCUCAGCAUUCCUCAUUCACACCUUCACAGUUUCCGGCUCCGCAACCUUCUAUGCAAGCCAUGCACACAGUGCUCAAUUCUGCAUCUCAAUCAUCCAAUUCUUCAGGUUCUUCUCCGGUAUGGCUCACUGAUUCCGGUGCCACCAAUCAUAUGACAGCUGAUUUGACUAAUCUGUCACUGGCCUCCCCGUAUCCCACAAAUGAAUCAAUUCACACUGCAAAUGGUGAAGGUUUGAAAGUGUCUCAUGUUGGUCAUUCUACCAUUCAUACAUCAGUUUCCCCAAUCAAAUUGACCUCUGUGCUCUAUGUUCCUCAAUUAACUCAGAACCUGUUAUCAGUACAUCGACUUUGUCUUGACAAUAAUUGCUGGCUUAUAUUUGAUGCCUUUUGUUUUUGGAUUCAGGACAAAGCCACAGGGAGGAUCCUUUACAGAGGCUUGUGCAGUAAUGGACUAUAUCCUAUCCACUCCUUGUCCACUUCAAACUCACAGACACCUUCUCAAGCUAAGGCAUUUCUUGGCCAACUUGUUCAGUCUAAUCUGUGGCACCAUAGGUUAGGUCAUCCUACCAAUAAUGUUGUUUCUUUGAUGUUGAAUAAAGCUAAUGUUCAUGUCCCCAAAACCUCAUCCCCUAUGAUGUGUCAUACAUGUCUAGAAGGGAAAUUUAGCAAACUACCUUUUCCACAACAUCUCAAUAAGUCUGUCACUCCCUUUGAAACUAUCCAUACUGAUUUGUGGGGUCCUGCACCUUGUAUAUCAGUUGAUGGUUAUAGAUACUAUACCAUCUUUGUAGAUGAAUGUACCAGAUAUUGCUGGAUCUUUCCAUUAAUCAACAAGUCUGAUUUGUUCUCUGCAUUUGUUGCCUUUUAUUCCUUUGUUGUUACUCAAUUUUCUGCUCCAAUUAAAAUUCUUCAAACUGAGGGGGGGGGAGAGUAUACCAGCAACAAAUUGAAAAAAUUUAUUCUUGAAAAGGGCAUUUCACAUCACCUCUCUUGUCCAUAUACUCCUGAACAAAAUGGGGUUGCUGAGAGGAAACAUAGGCAUAUCAUUGAAACCACUAUCACCUUAUUACAAACAGCCAAAUUGCCAUCUCAGUUCUGGUCCUAUGCUUGUCAAACAGCCACAUAUCUAAUCAAUCGUAUGCCUACUGCUGUUCUUCAUAACAAAUCUCCUUUUGAGAUGUUAUUUGGGGCAUAUCCAACCCUUGCUCACCUUAGAAUUUUUGGAUGUGCCUGUUUUCCUUUACUCAAACCAUAUAAUAGCACCAAAUUGCAGGCGAAAACUACAAAGUGUGUGUUUAUUGGGUAUGCCACCAAAUAUAAAGGGUAUUUGUGCUAUCAUGUGCCUACAAAGAGAGUGUUUGUUUCUAGGCAUGUUAUCUUUGAUGAAUGCCAUUUUCCCUACACAGAUUUAUUGCCUACACAUUCAAACACAUUCACAUCUACACAAUCAUGUCCACGUUCCAAUUGUCAUAUGCCUAUUGUUACUACCGAGAAUAUAGUUGUCCCAUCCAUUCCAGAUUCUACUCCUCCAAUUUCUGGUCUCCUUACACCUACUCCAUCACAUAUACCUGUUUCAGUUUCCUUAACACAUUCUGCCUCCGAUUUUUCUGAAGUUUCUCCCAAUUCUCAGUCCAUUGCUGCUUCAAUUCCAGCCUCUUCUCCACUCCCUGUGGCACUUGACAUCAGAUCUAGCUCUGGAUUAGAAACACAUGAUUUUACUCCUGAUACUUUACAAGUAGUGUUGUCCAUUCCUCCACUCAAUCUGCAUCCCAUGCAAACUAGAAGCAAGAGUGGGAUUAUUAAAAAGAAAGCUCUCUUAGCAAGUGUUCAGGACUCUGGGGGAACUGAUAUGUCCUUGGUUGAACCAGUUAGUUACAGGUCUGCCAUCAAAGUCCCUGUGUGGUUACAGGCCAUGAAAGAAGAAGUUAAUGCUUUACAUACUCAAGGCACUUGGAGUCUAGUUCAAUUGCCAACAAACAAGAACCUCGUUGGUUGUAAAUGGAUUUUCAAGAUCAAGAGACACUUAGAUGGGUCUAUUGCCAGACACAAAGCACGGUUAGUUGCUAAAGGUUUCAGUCAAGAACCUGGAUUGGAUUAUGGGGAGACUUUUAGCCCUGUGGUGAAGCCUACCACAGUUAGGUUAGUUCUUGCUCUUGCUGCUCAUUUCAAUUGGCCUCUUCGACAAUUAGAUGUCAAAAAUGCUUUUUUUGCAUGGCAUCCUACAAGAAGAGCUCCUAGGGCAUGGAAUGAUCGGUUUACUCAGUUUCUUCCUUCUUUGGGUUUUGAAAACACAUACUCUGACUCCUCAUUGUUUGUUAAGCAUGUUGGUCAUGAGAUUGUGGUUCUGCUCCUCUAUGUGGAUGACAUCAUUAUAACUGGCAGUGCUUCUGGUGCAAUUACCCAGGUUAUUAGUGCUCUUACUACUGAGUUUGAUAUCAAGGAUUUAGGGUUGCUCCACUAUUUCUUAGGGAUUCAAAUCACUAAAACUGCCACUGGUUUGUUUCUGUCACAAACCAAAUAUGUUGCUGAUCUAUUGGUUAAAUCUGAAAUGUUUGAAGCUAAACCAUGUGAUACACCAUGCCUCCCUUACAACCGGUUACUCAAAGAGGAUGGGGAACCUUAUUCCAAUCCUAAGUUGUAUAGAAGUAUUGUCGGCGCUCUACAAUACUUAACUUUCACUAGGCCAGAUAUUGCGUUUUCUGUGCACCAAGUCUGUCAGUUUAUGCAAAAUCCAAUGGUGUCUCAUUUUACUGCAGUUAAACGUAUAUUACGAUAUCUAAAGGGCACAAUGCAGUUUGGUAUCUCAUAUACUAGAGGAGAUUUGCAGUUAAAGGCCUUUAGUGAUGCUGAUUGGGCAGGGGACCCUAAUGACAGAAGAUCUACUACUGGUUUGGUGGUAUUUUUGGGUAACAAUCCAAUUUCGUGGUCCUCUAAGAAGCAACAAACUGUUUCCAGAUCAUCAACCGAAGCUGAAUAUCGAGCCUUAUCCUUUACCUCAGCUGAAUUGGAUUGGAUCAAACAAUUAUUAGCAUUUCUGCACAUUCCACUACCUAAUGUGCCUGUCCUCUUUUGUGACAAUCUCUCAGCCAUUGCCUUAUCUUUUAAUCCUGUUCAGCAUCAAAAGACCAAACACAUAGAGAUCGACGUGCAUUUUGUUCGCGAAAGGGUAUCACGGAAACAACUCUCUGUGCAGUUUGUGUCUUCCCAAGAGCAAUUUGCUGAUAUUCUUACAAAGGGGUUGAGUGGUCCUCUUUUCAGAACUCAUUGCUGCAAUCUCAUGCUUGGUUCCUCACAGCAUGCUCUUGAGGGGGGAUGUUAG